UCUCGCAGCCCGGUCCCCCGAAGCACUUGCAUGUGUUUUUGUAUGAAAUGAAAAGGUCGCCAUACCAAGUACCUGACAUUGCUUGAAUAAGAAGAUUUUUUUGAUUUCCAACAAAGUCUGUUGUUUUAUCCGAGUACAAUGGCUGAUACGGGGAGUGACGCAGUUUCGUCGGUUUCAAGCACCUUCAGCGCGUUCAAUGAAUACCUCACAAAUGAUCAAGAUAUGAGGGAGGAGAUCCGUGUUGCUGUUCGUGCGAUGGAGCAAACUGCUCGAGAGAUCAUGACAACAUUGGAAGGAGUGCAUCAGACAGCUGGUCUUAAAGAAGCUCCUGCACUUUGUCAAAAAGCCAGGAAAUUGUUGGAGACAACAGAGGGUCAGUUUGCUGCACUACAGAAGAAGGUUCCAAUGGAUCAAUAUUACAGAUUUCAUGAUCAUUGGCGUUUUGUGAGUCAGAGAUUAUCCUUCGUAGCUGCUCUGAUCAUCUACUUGGAGUCUGAGAAACUGAUCACAAGAGAAGAAGCUGCUAAGUUCAUGGGAGUUUCAACAAAGAGGGAAGAUGGCUUUCAUCUGGACCUGGAGGAUUUCUUGCAAGGAUUGCUGCAGUUAGCCAGUGAACUGUCAAGACUCGCCAUCAACAGCGUAACGGCCGGAGAGUACAACAGACCCGUCCGCAUCUCAAACUUCAUCCAGGAACUCAACGCCGGAUUCAGACUACUCAACCUCAAGAACGACUCGUUGAGAAAGCGUUUUGAUGGACUCAAGUAUGACAUUAAGAAAGUGGAGGAGGUUGUGUAUGACAUCUCAAUAAGAGGGUUGAAAACUUCAGCGACUGUGCCAGGGCAUGGUGGCGAGGAGACGCCCAAGUCAACUGGUGUGGAGUGAUCUUGUAAAAAUCUUGGAAGCACUGGAUAUUUACCGACGGUUUAUAAAUACGGUUUAUAAAUACUCAGUCUGGUUAAGGGGCAAGAUAACAUGACCUCCAUUGCCCUGGUCUUGGCCUUGGUGCCCAUACGAAAGUUUCCAAUAGACUUUAAGAUUCUUCAAUGAAAGUGCUCUUUUCAAAAUGAAAAUGGCCUUGCCCUCUCAACGACUAAAUUCCAUGCCUGUAGUGAGAUAUUCAUCUGUCCUGUAUGGACAUUGGAAACUGGGCCAUCUUUCUUGAGAUUAUACUCGUAACUGACAUUUUGAUGUAGAGCUAUGCGCUGUACGUGUUUUUCCUCCUUUUUUGUUUUGAUCGGCACAGUGAAAAAUCAAUGAAGCGCUGGAUAUUUACUGCAAUGGCGUACACAUGUACUCAGUCUCAGCAAGAUUAUUCGGGUCAUCGGAAACUGGGUCAUCUUGCUUGAGAUUACACAUUCAACCAACAUUUUUAUGUAAAGCUAUGCACUGUACAAGAUUUCUUUUUUUAAGGGAAGGGGGGGGGGGUUAAUGGUGUACUGCUUAUAGAACAGAAAGUACAAGAGCUAACAUCAUUAGAAGUACAUGGAAUUUUGGCCAUUUUCGUAAAGCUGGUUCCAGCAUGGAUAAGGCUACAAGCCCAGUGGUGCUUAAAACAUGCGGCAGGUUUAGGUCUAGUUUUAAUGUCUUUAGAGGAAAAGUACCUCAUUGAUUUUUUUGUAAAAGUUAAUAUUAAUUUUCAUCGAUUAGAUUUCAAUAAACACACCAUGUAAAACUCAACUGUGAAAAUACUAUCGUUUGUUGUAAUAGGAGGCGUAUUCUGUUUUGUCAGGUUGAAUUUGUACAAGUUGAUAUAGACUUCCAUGCUUCACUUUGAUUGCAGCAAUGCAAGACUUGUUGUGAUAUAAGGUGGCAGCAGACUUACCAGGUAAAUCCAUUGUUCGUGGAAAUGUGUGCAUGCUCAGAACUCUGUAAACAAUGGACAGUUACCAGGGGUUGAUUUCACAAAACUCUUCCUAAUUUGGAACUAGUCCUAGGCAAUGCUAAAGGUUAAGACUAGUUUUACUGGUCCUUACUUCAAAAUAAGACCAGACUAGUCGCUGCUAAAGACAACCAAAAAUCAAAUACAAAAUCAAAUAAAAGAAUUGAUUUGAAAUUACUUAAUUACUUAUUUAUUUAUUUCAUUUCACACCCAACAGGAUGAAUAUGAGGCAAUGAAGAAAUGUUCAGUUUUAAAUGUGGGAGGAAAACCCCAAAGGAGAAAACCUACACAAUCUGGUAGGGACUGAGACUUAUAAGAACCGAGUAUUAUUAGUUGUAUCGUACAAGGUAAACCCCUGGUAAAAAUAACAAGUGCUCGAAAUUUGCAGUAAAAACUAAAAUGUUUGAUUUAUAUGGUUGACAUUUUAAAAGUCAGAUAAGACAUUGAUAAUAAAAGAAAAUAUACAUUGCUACAGGCUGUAGUUCAUUUCAAUUAUUAAUUGUUUACAUCAACAAAAAUUAGUUUAGAAACUAAUUUUACUCAGCAAUGCCAAUAAAUCAAGAUUUAACGCCAUGAACAAUGGACCUCAAAAACAAGUAGAGCUCUUGUCUAAUGUCAAAGAAAAAAGUUGCUCAAUAGCUGCCGUUUCCAUUGUUUCCAUCAUCGUUUUGCCUCCCAAGGAAGAUAGCGGCCUGUUUCCAUCAUCGUUUUGCCUCCCAAGGAAGAUAGCGGCCUGAUGACGCCAAUGCAUUUAGUCAUUACAGACCCAGCAGUGUACAAUCUCGCAGCUCCAUUUUCUUUUCUGCUUUGCUCGAUUGAACCCUUGGAAGUGUGACUUUAAAAUAUCCAAAUAUAUUGGAUAUUUUAAUAAGUCCUGUGGUUUAUCCAUACUAUUGGUUUGACUACACCAAACACACUGUCAAAAGACGCAUUAAAGCCAUUGGACCCUUUCGGUAAACAGUGUUGUCCAAGGCCCACACUUUGUGUACCACAACUUCUAUAU